CUCUUUACUUCCCACUCUCAUAUAGUUUCAAGCUCUUUCUUUUCUUUGAAACUUUAAGCAAAUUCUUGUUUCUAUUUUGGCUGCAAUGGCGGCUUCUUCGACCACUCCAUGUUAUAAUUUCAACCCUAACUCUACACAGAGAAAGCACAAUUCUCCAUUGGAACGAAGGCCCCGAAUGCUAAAAGAUUUCCUCCACGAUGAUUCAAACUCGUGUUCCACAAACGGGUUCAAUUCAUUUCCGAUAAAAUCUUGCCAGAACUCCAGCAUUUUCCGAGAAAAUCUAAACAACUGUCAAAGACUUCAAAGAAGCCGAACAAAAGCCGCAUCAAUAACAAUCUCACCUUUCCAGUCAAUGAUCAACGCCAUUAAAAGGAUCCAUUUCGUUUCAUCGGUUAAAUCUCCUUCGGUCUUACUGUCCAGAAGCCUUUCACGUAAACUGUCCAAAAGGAAGUCACAAUCACAGCUUAACGUCGAAAACAAAGGAACAGAAAUCAAAAUUACCGUGACAGUCAAAGAUAUCAUACGCUGGAAAUCGUUCCGUGAUUUAGUGGAGGAGAAAUCUCCGCUGUCGGAUUUUGCUUCUUCUUCUUCCCCUCAAACCACCACAACGACGGGAUCCAGCACUCCUUGUAGCAGCAACGGCUCAAGCUGGUGCGACAGCGAUUUCACUUCGGAAUAUUUACCUUCCGAUGAAUACGGCGAAAACGAAACUGACAUCUUGGGUAAAAAAUUCUCACCGUGUGUCGGCAAGGAUCCCAUGGAGACGACGACGACAACAACAACAAAGACAGCAGCCAACACAUAUAUGGGACCCAAACAUGCAAGUGAAGAGACAGAACCGAAGAGUCCACAGUGUGUGUUUGAUUUUGAACAUGGUGACAAACUGCUUUUGGAUCUAUUUCGAGAAGAAAAAGUGUCAAAGUGGGAUCAAAACGAAGAGCUUGAAUGUGAAAUCGUAAAGCUGGUAAAAGCGUGGAUUGAUGGGGAACAUUACGAGAUUACAAAAAGGGAGGGUUGUGUUAGAGAAAUGGAAAGGGAGGGAAGGUGGAGGAAUUGCGAGUUUCAUGAAGAACAACAAGGAUUGGCAAUGGGAGUGGAGAGAUGGAUGAUGAAUAUUUUGGUGGAUGAAUUGUUAGUUGAUCUCGUAUUAUUAUUGUGAUCAAGGAUUUAAAUUAUGAUUGUGAUCGCAUUGUGCUUAUUGUGAUUGUUGUAAUAGUGAGUAUUAUUGUAAUCGUGGUAAAUAUCAUGAAUGUGCAAUAAUAGUUUUGGACGAUAUAUUUAGAGUGUGUUUGGUUCGG